UGCACUGUGAGGCAGGACCACACCGAAGCCAUUUUAUUAUUAUAACAGCAGAGCUGCAGCUUCGUCUGUGUAUUUAUUUUUUAACAUUUACAUUUUCAGUUUGAGAGCUCACGAGACCAUGGGGCAGUGUGGAAUUACGUCAUCCAAAACCGUCUUGGUUUUUCUCAAUCUCAUAUUUUGGGCUGCUGCUGGAAUUUUAUGCUACAUUGGAGCCUAUGUGUUCAUCACAUAUGACGACUAUGACCACUUCUUUGAAGACGUGUACACUUUGAUUCCUGCUGUCAUAAUCAUAGCUGUCGGCACUCUCCUCUUUAUUAUCGGCUUGAUUGGCUGCUGUGCAACUAUACGUGAAAGCUCCUGUGGACUGGCAACUUUUGCUGCCAUUCUCCUGCUGGUGUUUGUAACAGAGUGUGUUGUGGUGGUGCUGGGCUACACAUACAGGGCAAAGGUGGAGGAUGAGGUGAAUCACUCCAUCCAGAAGGUUUACAAUGAAUACAACGGCACCAACACUGACGCUCCCAGCCGUGCUAUUGACUAUGUUCAGAAGCAGCUUCACUGCUGUGGUAUCCACAACUACUCUGACUGGAGGAACACACGCUGGUUUAAAGAAUCCAAGAACAACAGUGUCCCAGUGAGCUGCUGCCAGCCCAGCAUCAGUAACUGUAGUGGCACUCUCACUCGACCAGCAGAUCUCUACCAAGAGGGCUGUGAAGCUCUUGUUGUGAAGAAGUUAAAGGAGAUCAUGAUGUACGUCAUAUGGGCUGCACUGACUUUUGCAUCCAUACAGAUGCUGGGGAUGCUCUGUGCCUGUGUGGUGCUGUGCAGGAGAAGUCAUGACCCGGCGUACGAGCUGCUGGUAACAACCAACAGCUAUGCAUGAGGGGCACACCAGAGCACUGAGAGAAAUCCAGAGGAGAAUCACCGGACAUGUCCACAGUAGAUUUCAGCUGUAGUUAUAUAAAGUCAAGCACAUCUUGCACAAUUCAUGAUAAAGUAGUGAACACUGAUGACAUGGUUUUGGGUGGGU